UUUCAAUGUAGUAAGCGACUGAAAGAGAAAACAUGGCGAGCGAUGACAUUCCCGCACCACCGCCAACAAAAGAACAAGUGGAGAAUAACCAAGAAGGCGAGCUAAAUUGGCGACCAAGAACGGAAUGGACCGUCCUCCCAGCUUCCUUUGCUGCUGGACCGUUGGGCUUAGGUGAUCCAGAAGACACCUCGCUGCGGAAAGUUGAAAAAGAGGUUUUGAUACCCAUGGUGAUGAGAGACAAGGCAUGGAUGGAAAAAUGUCGCCCUGAAGUGAUAGAUUUUGAAAAAUGUGCCAAAGCUGAAGAGUUCAUGAUGAUGUUCAGAUGUCGGGAAAAAAACAACACAAUGCAACGCUGUGUUAAAGCUUGGUUUAGGGAUGAAGACUUCAAGGAAGAGUGUAAACAGAUAUAUCUGGACAAACGAAAACAUUACCGAAGUACUGGGGAAGGCCAGAAGCUGAGGAGGGAGGAAAUGAAGUGGCAAUGACUGAAGUACUGGGGAAGGCCAGAAGCUGAGGAGGGAGGAAAUGAGGUGGCAAUGAGACGCGGAGACUAAGUCAGCAGAACUGAAGGCUACUGCACAUCAACAGGAACAGCUUUAAAAUUUGUGUGCUUCAACUUUCCUUAAAACACAACAUUCUUGAAUUAAUUCUAGUGGAGGGUUUCAGUAUUUCUUAAUGUACAUAGGUAUAUAAGUAUAUACCACCAACAGAUGUACAUAGGUAUAUAAGUAUAUACCACCUACAGAUGUACAUAGGUAUGUAAGUAUAUACCACCAACAGAUGAAAGAUUUAUGUAAAUUGUUGUUUAUGUGAUUUGAGCCACAUGACCUAGAACUCGACUAUGUUUACGAGUUGGCUCAUUCAUCUGGUAAUAUGUCCACCCGUUUACUGUUUCAUUUCAGUAGGGAUGUCAUAAAAUGCUGUUUCAUUGUCCUGUUACAAGCCAACCCCUCCCACUUUUGUAUGAGUUUUAUGUGUUAGCACCCUGGGCAAGGGUUUAUUCAGUAAAUUAAUGGAGACUGGUCAAGCUGACCAACAGUCAGCGAGUCAUGAAUUAACACUUGUUACAUUGUAUCUGCAGUUUCUAGACCUAUAACACACUACGUCAUGUCGAUGUAUCGGACGACCCUUUAAAGGUGUGGAGGCCUACACAAAGUCUUAUGUUUAAAGUUUUCCUCGUGAUGCCAUUGAAAUCAAUGUAAACUACAACUAAUUUACUCCAGCUCAGUAAAGUUCUGACCCACUUCACCGGGAAACAUACCAAUAAUUGGAGAGGUAUAUUGAAUGCUAUAUUUGUUAUGUUAGCAUUGUAGACAUGAAUGUACCGUGUAUAAGUACCUGUUGAAUGGAGGUGUCAGUAAUUCAGGGGAGAUAAUUACUGUAAAGAUAUCUUGGGUGAAGACCUGGCCAGUGAUUAUAUAACCAGGUAAUGUCAGGCAGUGUGUCGUUGUUUGGGAUAAUUUGUGUUUUCAUAUUUUUAGUAUUGUAUGCCAUUGGCCAUAGACUAAUAGUAUCUUUCUCCGCCUUAAGACAGAACAAUCUCAACCCAAGGGGUCAAAUUCUUAAAUGUCUAGCCUGAGGUCCAGAUUUUAAAGAAUUAUACCCCCCUGGUUGAAAAUUCAAUUCUCCAAAUUCUUUAAAUCACUAUCAGAAAAUAUGCAGUUACAGUGUACAUGUAUGUAUAGCAAGGAACAUUUUGAUAUAUACAUGAACUAAAAAAACAUACCAUUUAGGUUCUAGAUGCAUAAAACCCCUUGUUCAUGCAUUUCUUUUGUUUUCUUGAGUCUAAACUCCUGUCUUAUUUUGUCAAAUGUUUAUUGCGAUACUGUUCAAAUAAUCCAACGGCCGCCCAGGUCAUUGUAGGCAUUGAUACUAACUUUGUUAUUCUCCUCCAAACAGUGUAUUGUGAUAUUUGUACUGGUUAUAGUCAUGAUUGUAAGGGGUGUGAUUGCUGAUUGUGAGAAUACAUUAUUGAAUAUUAAAACAAUGGUUUUUUUUUGUCGGA